CGAGCUCGUUUCCGAGGCAGCCAGUUACAGCAUCCGGCGGUUGGGAUUUGAAUUGGGAUUCAGAGUGCGGUGCGCGAGCGGAGAGCGUGAGCAGGAUGUCUUCCAAGGAGAACCUCAACCCCAACUUGCAUACAAGUAAGUUCACUACACCGUCUAGCUGUCAAGGCCCCCAGCGAGUCUUGAGAAAGGAGCCUUUUGUGUCCACUUUUACCACUCCAUCUGAUUCCUUGCUGUUACAAAGGGCGCAGGGUGGCCGUAUCACUUCCGCCAUGCUUUCCAAUAUGCCAGGUAGGGUCGCUAUGAGCACAGAGGCAUCAUCCCAAAAUGUCAUGGAAGGUCCAAAGAGGAAGUUCACCAUCGAUGACUUUGACAUAGGCCGUCCAUUGGGGAAAGGCAAGUUUGGAAACGUGUACUUGGCCCGUGAGAAACAGACAAAGUUCAUCAUGGCUUUGAAAGUGCUCUUUAAAUCUCAGCUGGAGAAAGAGGGAGUAGAGCAUCAGCUACGAAGAGAGAUUGAGAUCCAGAGUCACCUCAGGCACCCAAAUAUCUUGCGCAUGUAUAACUACUUCCAUGACCGCAAAAGAAUCUACCUGAUGCUGGAGUAUGCUCCUCGUGGUGAGCUGUACAAGGAAUUGCAGAAAUGUGGCAGAUUCGAUGAGCAGAGAAGUGCCACGUUCAUGGAAGAGCUAGCGGAUGCCCUGAAUUAUUGCCAUGAGAGAAAAGUAAUUCAUAGAGAUAUCAAGCCAGAAAACCUGCUCAUGGGAUAUAAGGGAGAGCUGAAAAUAGCAGAUUUUGGCUGGUCUGUACACGCACCUUCGUUAAGGCGCCGGACAAUGUGCGGAACCCUGGAUUACUUGCCUCCAGAGAUGAUUGAGGGGAAAGUUCACGAUGAGAAGGUGGACUUGUGGUGUGCAGGAGUCCUCUGCUUUGAAUUCCUAGUUGGAAUGCCACCUUUUGAAAGCCCUUCCCACUCUGAAACACACCGCAGGAUUGUCAAUGUUGACCUUAAAUUUCCAAGUUUCAUGUCUGAUGGAGCAAAAGAUCUGAUCAGCAAGCUACUGCGCUACCUUCCAGUUCAGCGUCUUCCUUUGAAGAGUGUCAUGGAGCAUCCUUGGGUCAAAGCCAACUCCCGUCGGAUUAUGCCCCCAGUCUUCAGUUCUAAUCAGGGCACAUAAUAUUAUGUGUCAACUCUUCUCCACCAAAGAGCACAAAAGACUGCGGAACUUGUGGAUACUCUGACUUGCUAUAGUGUGGUGUAUUCUUUGAACUUGUACAUAGUCGGUGAUCGCCCUGUAAAUGUUAUCAAGCUUCUGAAGAAUCAGACUUUCUGUUAAAUGGGCAGACGUAAUACUUGUACAUGUGAUGUUUGCAGGUAAAAGUUUAUGAAUGGGUGUUAAUUUAAAGUCUAAUUCCACGGACCACGGUUUUGCACGCCCUGCUAUUGCCAGUAAUUUUUAUUGAGCAACUUCUGGGUUAAGCUGGAAUUCCAUUUUAAAUGGUGAUUCUCAUGAACGCAAAUUAUUCUUUAUUGUUAUGGACAUCUAGACCAAGCUGUAACCUUUCUUAAGGGUAAUGCCACCUCAAAAAAUUCUCACUGUCAAGGCAUGCUCACAGCACAGGAACUCAAUAGUCUUCUUGAAGGUAAAUUGUUUUUAACCUCCUUAAAACUAAAUGUACUGCACCCACCAUUUGCGUGGGUCUACUGUUGAAAGGUUUGUCCCUAUAGUUUAUCUUAUCGGUUUAGUGUGACUGAAUGUUGCCCCAUCAUGCUUUUUUGCUAUGUGGUUUUGUUUUCUUGUUUGCAUGGACCUAAAAAUAUAUUCUAUAAUGUAACUGCAUAAUGUCUUGUGGUAAAAUCUGGUUGUACAGGGUAAUCUUGUUACAUGGUGCCCCAUGUCCUGUCUUUUUCUAUAUAAAUAAAAUUGUAUAUACUGGAA